GCUCGCUCUGUAGCGGAAGUUGGUGCUGAUCUGGUGACAGCGGCUACCUGUCAACAUCAUGCUCAACUAUUUCCACAACCCCGACGUUCAGCCUUAAACUUUGGCCGAUUAUCAACCAGGUUGUUUCUGUGACAGAGCAGUUAAUGUUAUGGAGGAACCAUGAAGGCCCAAUUACAAGUCACGGUGAUUUCAGCCAAAUUAAAAGAAAACAAAAAGAACUGGUUUGGUCCCAGUCCAUAUGUUGAAGUAACAGUGGAUGGACAGUCAAAGAGGACAGAGAAGUGCACGAACACACAUACUCCCAAAUGGAAACAAUCCUUGACAGUAAUUGUGACCCCAGUCAGCAAGCUCACGUUUCGUGUUUGGAGCCAUCAGACUCUAAAGUCAGACAUCCUUUUGGGAACGGCAUCACUUUUUAUUAACGAGGCACUUAGAGCAAAUGACCUGAAACUGUGUGAAGUAGUGCAGACUCUUCAGCUGACCUCAGACAGAGACCCUCAGGAGGCUGUGGGAGACCUGUCUGUGUGUCUGGACGGGCUGCAGGUGGACACGGAAACACUCACCAACGCUGAGAAACAGCCAGUGUCUGUCUUAAACGGAACCGCUAAGCAAAAUGGAAAAUCAAGCAACAGAUCAAGCAGAGAUUCUUCUCCGUCCAGUGGCUCAGAUGAAUGGGUGAUAGUCCCAAAGAGCAGCACUGUAAAUGGCCCCGGUUCUCCGUCUGGCUCUCCAAGGACCUCCAACUCCUCGCGACCUGCAAGACCAGCACGGACAUCUGCUCCUGCCGCAUCCAGACCUGGAGCCUCCCCAUCCUCCUCCAGCAGCUCCUCCCCCAGUGAGUUGAGUGAGGCCCCUGUGUCUGAUGGCUCGUCCCAGGCCUCAGAUCAGCAGGAUGAGGCAGGAGCAGGAGCUGGAGCAGGAGCCGGAGCAGUGGCCAGAGCAGGAGCUGGAGCAGCUUCUGCACAGCCCACAGCCCCGAACCCCAAACCAGGGCCCUCUGCUGCAGCCUCCUCUGCCACCAGCGCCCCCAGAGCCCCGGUCAACAACGGGCCUUUGCCUCCAGGGUGGGAGCAGAGAAUGGAUCAAAAUGGCCGUGUUUACUACGUGGAUCACAUAGAGAAAAGGACCACAUGGGACAGACCGGAGCCUUUGCCUUCAGGGUGGGAGCGCAGAGUGGACCCCAUGGGCAGAGUGUACUAUGUGGACCACAUCACCCGCACAACCACGUGGCAGAGGCCCACUGUGGAAUCAGUCAGAAACUAUGAGGAGUGGCAGCACCAGCGCAGUCAACUGCAGGGAGCCAUGCAGCAGUUCAACCAGAGGUUCAUCUACGGGUUCCAGGAUCAGAUUGCCGCGGCAGCUACCAAACAAGAGUUUGAUCCCCUUGGACCUUUACCACACGGCUGGGAGAAGCGAACGGACUCCAAUGGUAGAGUGUAUUUUGUUCAUCACACAACUCGGUCAACACAAUGGGAAGAUCCCAGGACACAAGGACUGCUGAAUGACAAGCCUUUGCCAGAGGGAUGGGAGAUGAGGUUCACUGUCGAAGGGAUUCCUUACUUUGUCGACCACAAUCGACGGACCACCACCUACAUAGACCCACGCACUGGAAAAUCAUCACUAGAAAAUGGACCACAGAUAACUUAUGUCAGGGAUUUCAAAGCCAAAGUGCAGUAUUUCAGGUUUUGGUGUCAGCAAUUAUCAAUGCCACAGCACAUAAAGAUCACCGUUACCCGUAAAACAUUAUUUGAAGAUUCAUUUCAACAGAUCAUGAGCUUCCACCCUCAAGACCUAAGGCGAAGGCUGUGGAUCAUUUUCCCUGGAGAAGAGGGUUUGGACUAUGGGGGAGUGGCCAGGGAAUGGUUCUUUCUACUGUCUCACGAGGUUCUGAAUCCCAUGUACUGUUUAUUCGAGUACGCUGGCAAAGACAACUACUGCCUACAGAUAAACCCUGCCUCCUACAUCAACCCAGAUCACCUCAAGUACUUCAAGUUCAUCGGGCGCUUUAUCGCUAUGGCCUUAUUUCAUGGGAAAUUUAUUGACACCGGUUUCUCACUGCCUUUCUAUAAACGUAUCCUGAACAAACCUCUGGGGCUCAAUGAUCUGGAGUCAAUCGAUCCUGAGUUUUAUAAUUCACUCAUCUGGAUCAAGGAUAACAACAUUGAGGAGUGUGGUCUGGAGAUGUUCUUCUCUGUGGACAAAGAGAUCUUAGGGGAAAUCACGACUCAUGAGCUGAAGCCUGACGGAGGGAAUAUCCUUGUAACAGAAGAAAACAAGGAGGAAUACAUCAGAUUAGUUGCAGAGUGGAGAUUAUCCCGGGGCGUGGAGGAACAAACCCAGGCCUUCUUCGAGGGCUUCAAUGAAGUCUUGCCUCAACAGUAUCUGCAGUAUUUUGAUGCCAAGGAAUUAGAGGUGAUGCUGUGUGGCAUGCAGGAGAUCGACCUCAUGGAUUGGCAAAGAAAUACUAUUUACAGGCAUUACACUAGAAACAGCAAGCAGAUCAUGUGGUUCUGGCAAUUUGCAAAGGAAAUGGACAAUGAGAAAAGAAUGAGGCUUUUGCAGUUUGUCACUGGAACAUGCCGUCUCCCGGUCGGUGGAUUUGCAGAUCUCAUGGGGAGCAAUGGACCCCAGAAGUUCUGCAUUGAAAAAGUGGGCAAAGAAAACUGGCUUCCACGAAGUCACACAUGUUUUAAUCGUCUGGACCUGCCUCCAUACAAGAGUUAUGAGCAGCUGAAAGAGAAGCUGAUGUUUGCAAUCGAAGAAACCGAAGGAUUUGGACAGGAAUAACACCCCAAGUCAAGCAGGAUUUCCAUUAUACACACCACGUCUGCAGCUGGGACUGGUCUAGGGCUACACCAAGUUGUUUUUAAUAAACUUUUACUUCUACUUAUUCUUUCUGCUUUUAACGUGUAUAGAAGUCAUCCAGUUUACUCACUAGCUAAACACAUCAACUCACGCAAGAAUCAAACUAGAAACUUCUUCGUACGUGCCCGGUCAUGUCUGCUGUCUGCUGUUUCGGAAAGGGUUCCUCCUGUGUUUUUUGCUAUAGAAAUUGUCUUAACUGCCUCCAAAAGGCCCUAUGCACUGUACGUAACUGUAGUUUAGAGGAAAUCAUUGCAUUUGUACUUUUGGCAUAUCUAAAAGAAAGAUGAAGGCACAUGGGUGGAGCGUCUCAGAUUAGGGUUUUAUUUUGUUUUAGUGUAAUUAAUGUCAAUGGACUAGCAAGAAGUCGUGUUGCAUCUAAUCAAUGUAAUGUGAACUUACUUUGACUUGUAUCUUUUUAAUGAUUUUUUUUUCAGACUAGUUUGCACAUGAGAGCUGUGGGGGCCGGCUUGUUUUUAAAAGAGGUUGUAUUUUUAUGUGCAAUAGUUUUUAUAGAAAACACUUUUGCCAAUUCUGAGCCAUUCAAGGUUCGUCCGAUCAUUUUCUAAGACUUGGAUGGAGUUAGCUAGAGAUUUAUUUCUGCGUAUUAAUUAUGCAAAUUUUGGGUUGUUGUUUCGGGUGAAAUGCCUUUUUGUCUGCCGUAACAACAUAAUUUAAAACUUUUGGGGGGUUUUACCAAUGAAGUGGGUGAUGUCCCUCUGAACGGUAGCCCCUUGAUAAGUUGUUGACCAAUAAUGAGAUUAGUGAGUCCUUGCUGUUAACUGUGAUACAUGACAAAACUUGUAAAUGUUAUAUAGACCAAAGUAUAAUAGAUGCAGUAUAUGCAGUGGGGCCAUUAAAUUUAGAGAACAGAAAAUCAAAAAUUUUGCAAACUGGGCCCUAGUUUUAUAGGGUAGUAGUACAUUAUGUGUAUGUUUAUUUAGGUGGUCAUUCCUUGUUAUCAGGCAGAAACGAUUACCAAAGGAUAACUCCAAAACAAACUACUUACAAAUUUAAAUCACAUAUGCAGUUAUCUGUCAUCACUACAAGGCUAGAGCAUUUUAAAUACCAAGUCUCUUAUAAACACUCAAGUAAUGACUUUAUUGGUGUGUGUUUGUAUAAUUUAAGACUUCUUAAAAUUACAACUACUUGAGCUUCAUGUAAUCGUUUCACAUGAAUAUUGUGUGCUUGACAACAAACCGUGGGAUAAUCUGCCUCGGAUAAAUAAAAAACUCUCAUAAUUC